GUCUUUUGUGCGUGAGAUUUAUGAUGGUCAGUUAUUCAUAAAGCUAAAGAAAGGUUUUAAUUUUCCUGCCAUGGAUCCAUGGGGAACAAGUGAUCCAUAUGUGGUCAUGCAAUUGGAUAGCCAGGUCUUCAAAAGCAAAGUUAAAUGGGGGACAAGAGAACCAACAUGGAAUGAGGAGUUCACUCUAAAUGUCAAGCAGCCCCCAUGAAGGAUCUUCAGGUUGCAGCUUGGGAUGCAAAUCUUGUAACUCCACAUAAGCGCAUGGGGAAUGCUGGCGUUAAUUUAGAAUGCCUCUGUGAUGGAAAUUCGCAUGAGGUGCUGGUUGAUCUGGAAGGGAUGGGAGGUGGUGGAAAGAUACAGCUAGAGGUUAAGUUCAAGAGUUUUGAGGAAAUUGAGGAAGAUAAGAAGUGGUGGAGGAUCCCCAUUGUUACAGAAUUUCUUCGGAAAAAUGGUUUUGAGUCUGCUCUGAAGAUGGUUGUUGGCUCAGAGACGGUGCAAACUAGCCAGUUCGUUCAGUAUGCUUUUGGACAGUUAAAGUCACUCAAUGAUGCAUACUUUCAGAAGGACUGGUCUUCAAAUGUUGAAAAAUAUGAUGCAGAAGAAGCUGAGCAAUCUAACAAACCUGUUGUUGAGUCGGAGGUGCUUCGACAGCUGGAGAAUAGUUCAGAGCGCUCUUUAAAUAACAUCAGCUACAAGGAAGACUACAAUCUGCCUGAGUUUGACCCAGGUACUGAUGGUAUGGAUAGUGGAUACAUCUCUCCACCGGUGACUCAAGUUGGUGAGACCUCGCAGUCAGAUAAACAUUUUUGGAAGAACUUUGCAGAUAUUAUCAAUCAAAAUGUUGUUCAGAAAUUUGGCCUCCCUGCUCCUGAGAAAAUUAAGUGGGAAGGAAUUGACUUGUUAAGUCAAAUUGGGUUACAAUCACAAAGGAUUGCAGAAGCUGGUUAUAUUGAAUCUGGGCUUGCAACGCCAGGUGGUCAGGAUGUGGUUAAGGAUAAUACAGCAACUGGCCCACCGGACAUCAAUACUAAGCAGUCAUCACUUCCAGAUAUUAAGAAGGUGACACAAGAUCUGUUACAGCAAACCGAUUCCAUUUUGGGAGCUUUAAUGGUUAUGAAUGCCACAGUUUCUCAACUAAGCAAGGAAGCACGUCUUGCAGUUAAAAGAAACACCAAAGAAAAUGCUUCCAUUAAAGUCGAAGAUGACGUCUCUGGAUAUUCUAAGAAUGAGAAGUUAGCAAGCCCACUGGAUGGAUCAGCACUGGAUGAAAAGAAAGCUGAGGAGAUGAGGGCACUCUUUUCAACUGCAGAGAGUGCCAUGGAGGCUUGGGCAAUGCUAGCUACUUCUUUGGGCCAUCCAAGUUUUAUCAAAUCUGAAUUUGAGAAAAUAUGUUUCUUGGAUAAUCCAUCCACAGAUACACAGGUGGCACUAUGGCGCGAUUCAGCACGAAAAAGAUUAGUUGUUGCUUUCAGGGGAACAGAACAAGUAGGUGAUUUUGUUGUGCGCAUUGGAGGAGUCAGUUGUGGUAAUGUUCUAGAUCUAAGAUAUGGCUUACUUAGUGAUUUUCUUCUUUGUUCUCGUCCUCAGGUUCAUGGUGGUUUUUUGAGUGCAUAUGAUUCAGUCAGGACAAGGAUCAUCUCUCUCAUUAAACUGACAGUUGGGAAUAUGGAUGAUUGUCCUGAACUGGCAUCCAAAUGGCAUGUUUAUGUGACUGGCCAUAGUUUAGGGGGUGCAUUAGCCACCCUCCUUGCUCUUGAACUGUCAUCAAGUCAAUUAGCAAAAUGUGGAGCUAUAAAUGUUACUAUGUAUAACUUCGGGUCUCCAAGAGUUGGAAAUAGAAGAUUUGCUGAUGUCUAUAAUGAGAAAGUCAAAGACAGCUGGAGAGUUGUAAACCAUAGAGACAUUAUACCAACAGUCCCACGCUUGAUGGGGUAUUGCCAUGUAGCUGAACCUGUCUAUCUAGGUGCUGGAGAUCUUAAAAAUGCCUUGGAAAAUAUGGAGCUUCUGGAAGAUGGAUACCAAGGCGACUUUAUUGGAGAAUACACACCUGAUGUUCUUGUUGGUGAAUUUAUGAAAGGUGAGAAGGAACUUGUUGAAAAAAUACUAAACACUGAGAUAAAUAUUUUCCGCUCAAUCAGAGACGGCAGUGCACUUAUGCAGCAUAUGGAAGAUUUCUAUUACAUUACAUUGCUGGAGGUAGUAGCCAAUGUGAAAUCAAAUUACCAAACUGUUGCUGCAAGUUCACAAACCAAUGGAGAUAAGAGCUUACCAAUCAGUUGA